AAAUUGUACUGCGUCAGACUUGGUUACGGCGUUCCCCAGAAAUUGAACUGCCUUCACACGAUAUUUCUCGCUGAAGUAACAGCCCAGAUAAUUCUAACACUCCUUCAUACGUAACCUCACAAAUUCAAAUUCACAUCAACAAAUUAUCACAACAUGCUUCAAUAUCCAUAUUCAGUCCACUCAAAUCAAUCUCCAAUCCAAUUUGCAGGUUAACUUGUUCCGCCUGCUUUAAUUCCGUAAGUUCUCGUUAAAUUUUCGUCGAAUUCGUCAUCGAUUUAGUUUGCCUGAACUAUUAGGUGUUAUGAUCGCUGCUUACGGUUCCAAUUGUUACACUGUGAAACGAAUUUGUUGAAGAAUGAGUGAGGUGUUUGAUGAAUUUACUAUUUUAGGGUUUCUGUUUGAGUUUGACAGGAAGUCAACGUUUAGAGGGUGUUAAACCGUUAAUUAAGUGAGAAGAUGGGUGGAAGUAAUUCUAGAUCCGCUGAGGAUAUUGAUAAUGGAAGAAUGGAUGAUGAUGAUAACCAUACUUUGAGAGAACCGUUUCCUUUUCCGGAGAUGAAUGCUGGUUCGUAUGUAUUGGAUGAUGAUGAUGGGAUUCCGAGAUUGGCUAGGGUUUCAUUAAAUAUAUCAAGGUCAACGAAGUCAACAAAGACCGCUGGUUUUGGAAAGGCAGUAGAUAUGCUGGGCAAUCUUGUUUUUGCGCCUGGGGUGGUAACAAAAGGAAAUAAAUUAUCAAUAUUAUCAAUUGAAGUUGCAAACACAAUCGUUAAGGGUGCCUCUUUGAUGCAAUCUCUUUCAAAGGAUAACGUAAAACACUUAAAAGAGGUAGUGUUGCCUUCAGAAGGUGUGCAACUUCUAAUAUCAGAAGACAUGGAUGAGCUCCUCAGAAUUGCUGCAUUUGAUAAAAGGGAAGAAUUAAAAAUCUUUUCUGGAGAAGUGGUUCGAUUUGGAAAUCGAAGCAAAGAUCCUCAAUGGCACAACCUGGACCGUUAUUUUGCGAGUUUGGAUUUGGAACUAAUUCCCCAGAAACAACUAAAAGAAGAAGCAGAAACCACCAUGCGGCAUUUGAAGAAUUUGGUUCAGUAUACUGCAGAAUUAUGGCAUGAGUUACAAGAGCUGGACCGGCUUGAACAAAUUUUUCGACGAGAACAAAUAUUAGAGAACCCCAAUCUUUCUCCACCAGAUCCGCCACUGGCUAUCUUGAGGGCAGAAUUGAAGAGUCAAAAGAAGCGCGUGAGAAGUUUGCAAAAGAAGUCACUUUGGUCCAAGAUUUUGGAAGAGGUGAUGGAGCAACUCGUAGACAUUGUGCAAUUCUUGCACUUUGAGAUUCAUCAUGCUUUGGGAACAGCUGAUACCCAAACACCAGCAAAAAGCAACCGGAAGAACUUGGGAGCAGCUGGUCUUGCUCUACACUAUGCUAAUGUCACUCACUCAGGUUCUGUGUCUCCGCAUACAAGAGAUUCUUUGUACCAAGGACUACCGCGUAAUAUUAAGUUAGCAAUACGCUCCAAAUUACAUGGGUUUCACCCAAAGGAAGAGCUUACCGUUCCUGAAAUUAAAGGAGAAAUGAAGAAAACUCUACAAUGGCUUGUUCCAAUUGCAACAAACACAACCAAAGCUCAUCAUGCCUUUGGCUGGGUUGGAGAAUGGGUAAACACAGGAUACGAGGCAAACCGUAAAAUUCCAUUAAGAAUAGAGACUCUCCACUAUGCCGAUCAGUUAAAAACUGAUGAAUAUAUUCUUAAGCUAGUCAUUGGGCUUCAUCAUCUCGUCUGCCCUUCAAAGGAUAUAAACAGUGGAAAAAAAUCACCUGUAAAGUCUCCUAUUCGCUCUCGAAACUGGUCUGAUUUUCUGUUGCCUGCACUCACAACCGAAGAAAUGCUAUUGCUUCAGGAUGUUAGCAAAAGAAAACCGACCCUAGUAAUCAGCAAAAGUCAGAAUUUUGACACCAGAAACAGGUUAAGCAAGCAACAUAGGCUAACUAAAAGCAGCAGUCAUUCCCCGACCCAUGAACUUAAGCGGGAUCCGUUGUUUCCCAUCAAGAGACCGUCAUCUGUUCCGAUUGUUACCUUUGAUAUCGAUAGGAUAAAGGCUAUGGAUGUUAUAGAUGAUAUAAGAGCGUGUGAGUAAACACUCUUUUGACGGGUUUCAGGUCGAGGUCGUGUCGAAUAUGAGUUGAUGUUGGUUCUUGGGUAGAUUUUUGUUGUUUAGAGAUUUCAUUUUGCACAUGAGUGAACUGCUGUUGUGUGUAAAAAAGUUAUGGCUCACAUGUUUACAUGUUUUCAGUAGUAGACUUUCAUGGUUACUGUAUUUAUACAGAAAAGUUAUGACUCACAUGUUGUCAUGAUUCUAUAAUGUAUAUGAUGUUGGAUUUAUAUA